CAGCCGGACUCUGGACGAGUUCAUUUACCCAGCUUCUCCGAUCCUGAAAUGGAGCGGGUAAUAUCCACCCUGGCACGCCACGGGCGCUCGGAGCUCUCCCCGUCCUCCCUGCGGACGCAGACACGCAGCUGGAAGCCCGAGGACCUGAAAUGGGGGUGCUGCAGGAGGGUCCCAGCGCGCCCCGCGGGCACCGAGCGGCACGUGGGUGGCCGCGCGCGCCGCGCAGACUCGGCGGGAGACUCGAAUUUCCCGCGAUUCCCGGAGUCGAUGCGGGAGGGGCGGCGCGCGGCCAUAGAAGGCGGAGCCCGCGGGGAAAAGGAAAGCGAGAGCGAGCCGCCCGCACGCAGCAGGCGGGCGGCGGCGGCGGCGGCGGCGCAGCGUGAGCAGCGGGCUCCGGGCGCGAGCGGGGCGGCGGCGGCGCGGGGCGAGCAGCGGGCCCCGGGCGCGAGCGGGGCGGGGACGGCCCGGGAAGUGGCCGCCGGGGAGAGGCCGCGACCCCGGCCCGGCCGCGCGCGAGCGCCGUCCGAGCCCCGCAGCUGGGGAAAGGCUCCCGCAGCGCCCCGGCGGCUGGCAGCUAUUUCCUUCCUGCGAAGAAUUUCGAUCAGAGCAAGUUACUAGAAGAAAUGGCCAAUCAUCGUCCACCAAGUUUUUUUAUAGAAGAACUUAAUGUAUACUGCCAGAGGCACAACAUGUUACUUAAGUAUGAGGAACUGUCUAAGACAGGACCUCCACAUGACUCAAGGUUUACAUUUCGAGUUAUCAUAGAUGAGAAAGAAUAUCCAGAAGCUGAAGGCAAAUCAAAGAAGGCAGCCAAAAAUGCUGCAGCUAAAUUGGCUAUUGAAAUACUUAAAGAAAGCAAGGUGGUUAGUUCUGUACCAUUGCCAACAAUGAAUUCAGCAGAAGGAUUCUGAUCCACUGGGAAUUUCAUAGGCCGUAUCAAUAGGUUUGCCCAGAAGGAGCAACUACCUGUAAAUUAUGAACAGUGUGAAUUGAAAGAACCUGGACCGGAAAGGUUUCAUUAUAGAUGCAGAGUUGGACAGAAAGAAUAUGGUAUUGGUGUAGGUGCUACUAAACAAGAGGCUAAACAGUCAGCUGCUAAGAUUGCGUAUGAGCAGAUACUAUCAGAAGAAGCCUCAAUGGACGCUAACCCAGCAUUAGAUGGUUCUGUGAUUACUUCACCCGGUGACUCUGGAAGGAACUCUUUGGUGAGAAGCAUAUUUGCUUCUGAAUCAUCACCUGAAAGUGAUUUCUCAGAAAAUUCACCAGGAGGAAGUUGUAACGGGGGCAAUCUAAACAAUGCUUCAUCUCCUGUGAAUAAUUUCAGAAGUAAUGAAAGGAAGGUGAAAAGAACUUUGGCACCUACCUUUAACUCUCCUGUGACAAAAGACAGCAAGUACUCCGUGGAAGUCAGGUUUACCAACGAUUUUACAGAAAUAGAACUGAUUGGCUCAGGUGGAUAUGGCCAAGUUUUCAAAGCAAAACACAAAAUCGAUGGGAAGACUUACGUUGUUAAACGUGUUAAAUACGAUAGCGAGAAGGCAGAGCGUGAAGUAAAAGCUUUGGCAGCCUUCAAUCACCGAAAUAUUGUUCACUACUACAGUUGCUGGUUUGGCAGUGAUUACUAUACUGAGAACAGCAUUAACACUUCAAGACCAAAGACUAAGUGCCUUUUCAUCCAAAUGGAAUUCUGUGGUAAAGGGACAUUGGAGCAAUGGAUUGACAGCAGAAGAGGCAAGACACCAGACAAAGAUUUGGCUUUGGAAUUAUAUGAACAAAUAACAGCCGGUGUGGAUUAUAUACAUCACAAUGAGUUAAUUCAUAGAGACCUUAAGCCAAGUAACAUAUUUUUAGUAGAUACAAAACAAGUAAAGAUAGGAGACUUUGGACUUGUGACAUCCCUGAAAAAUUAUGUAAAGCGAACAGCGAAUACAGGAACUCUUCAAUACAUGAGCCCAGAACAGAUUUCUUUACAAGAAUAUGGAAAAGAAGUGGAUAUCUUUGCUUUGGGGCUAAUUCUUGCGGAACUUCUUUACAUAUGUCCCACUGUUUCAGAAACAUUACAGAUUUUUAAAGGGCUAAGGGACGGCAAGUUCCCAGAUGUAUUUGACAGCAGAGAAAAAAUUCUUCUGCAAAAAUUACUGUCACCUGAACCCACGAAACGGCCUGAUGCAUCUGAAAUACUGGAGACCUUGAAGGAGUGGAAGAAUGUUGCAGAGAAGAAGAAACGAAGUACAUGUUAGAGCGCUUCUAAAAAAAAAAGUAUCCUGCUUUGGAUAUUCAAUUUUUCUAUAACUGCCUAAAAUCUUCUAGGGACAGCUGUUGGGUAUUUACCUUCUAUUUUUAUUUUGUCCUGAAGUUUUCACUAAAUUUUAGGAAGGUUUGAAUCUUUUAAAAAAUUUUUACUUCAAAAACAUACAUUUUCCUUUUCUGUAGCGUAUCUCCUUAUUAUAAACAUGGGGGGGGUGUAAUCAAAAUUUUAAAAUACUAGUGAAUCAAUUAAUAAUUGUUAAAUGUCUGCUGUAUCUAGGUCAAAACAUAUGAGAUCGCUCCCUGUUUUAAAUAGCUAACAAGCUAUUCAGAGAAAUAUGGUACUCUUAAGAAGAUAAGUGGUAUACAAUCACUUUGGAAAACAAUUUGGUAUAGUCCAGUAAAGUUGAAGGUGUAUAUACCCUCAAAGCCAUCAAUUUGGUUCCUACAUGCUUGCCUACCAGAACGUUCAUAGAAACCCUGUUCAUAACAGCCCCAAAAACAAAAAACAAUGUACAUCACAAGAGGAAUGGAUAAAUAAAUUAUAUUUUUUCAUACACUAUAAUAUUAUAUAGUAGUGGAAAUGAAUGAAUUAUAGCUAAGUGCGAUACGUGAUAUAUCUCUGAGGAACAUAAUGUUAAGUAAAGAAAGCCAGUUACAGAAAAUAUAUACAGAAUGAUUCUAUUUACAUAAAGUUCUAGACCAUGCUAAAUGAAACACUUUGUUUAGAAAUCUGAACAAAUGUGGUAAAACUAUAAAGGGAAAGAAAGGAAUAAAUUCUAAAAUCUGAUAGUGGUUAUCUGAGGAGGGAU